UCACAUAAACUGCAGCAGCAGCAGCAGCAGCAGACAAAGAGCAACAUGGGGAAGUCACUGGGCUUGUUGGCUGCAGUACUUGUUCUGGGAGGUUUUUCUAACGAUGCAACGACUGAGAGAGACCCGUCAGUCAACCACACACACAUGACUGUAAACUUCUCUGAGUCUGUUACUGUGCACGGUCCGAGCACAGACCGAGCCUCUCCCACCACUGCACUGUUCCUCGGCGGCGGCGGCAACAGCAAAGAGAAGAAAGAUAAAGAUGACAACAAGACAGAAGAUAAGAAAAGUGAACUGGAGUGUCCUCCCCUCGGACUGGAGUCCCUGCAGGUCGAUGACAGCCAGAUACAAGCUUCCUCCUACCAGCGCACGGGCCUGGGUCCUCACAGGGGGAGGCUGAAUAUCCAGUCUGGUAUUGCAGAUGGGGACCUGUACGACGGAGCGUGGUGUGCACAGCAUAAAAACCUGCACCAGUGGCUCGAGGUGGACGCCAUCCACAUGACCCUGUUCACUGGAGUCAUCCUGCAAGGUCGAAACUCCAUCUGGAGUUGGGACUGGGUCCACACCUAUAAAGUGCAGCUGAGUAAUGACUCUGUGAACUGGAAAAGCUGCAUGAAUGGGACAGAAGAGGCGAUAUUUGAAGGAAAUCAGAAUCCCGAGACUCCGGUGCUCGGGCGCCUUCCUGUUCCCACUGUUGCCCGUUUCAUCCGAAUCAACCCGCAGACCUGGUACCCCAACGGCACCAUCUGCCUCAGGGCUGAGAUUCUGGGCUGUCGUGUGAGCGAUCCAACUAACAUCUAUGCCUCGGAGCAAGCACGAGAAUCAAAGGAUGCUCUGGACUUCAGACACCACAACUACAAAGACAUGAGAAUGCUAAUGAAGUCUGUGACUGAGGAAUGUCCAGACAUCACACGCAUCUACACCAUCGGAAAGAGCUACAUGGGCCUCAAACUCUACGUCAUGGAGAUCUCAGAUAACCCUGGCAAACAUGAACUUGGUGAACCGGAGUUUCGCUACGUAGCGGGGAUGCACGGGAACGAGGUUCUCGGCCGAGAGCUGGUCCUCAACCUCAUGCAGUUCUUGUGCAGACAAUACAAGAAGGGAAACCAGCGCGUGGUACGACUGGUCACUGAGACACGCAUUCACCUCCUGCCCUCCAUGAACCCUGAUGGUUAUGAAGUAGCUUAUGAGAAGGGCUCAGAACUGGCCGGCUGGGCUGAAGGACGCUACAGCUUUGAAGGAAUCGACCUGAAUCACAACUUUCCAGACCUGAACAACAUCAUGUGGGACACCCAGGAAAAAGCAGCUAAUCCAGCCAAAGUCCCCAACCACUACAUCCCCAUCCCACAAUACUACACCGAGGAAGACGCUACUGUUGCACCAGAGACCAGAGCGGUCAUCAGUUGGAUGCAGGACAUUCCCUUUGUGCUCGGUGCAAACCUCCACGGUGGAGAACUGGUGGUCACUUACCCCUACGACUGCACCCGUGACUGGGCGCCUCAGGAAAACACUCCCACAGCAGACGACGCUUUCUUCCGCUGGCUUUCCUCCGUCUACGCCUCCACUAACCUGGUGAUGGCCAACCCUGACCGACGCAUCUGCCACUACGAGGACUUCCAGUCACACAACAACAUCAUCAACGGCGGAGCCUGGCACACAGUCCCUGGCAGUAUGAACGACUUCAGUUACCUGCACACUAACUGCUUUGAAGUGACGGUGGAACUGUCCUGUGAUAAGUUCCCUCACGCCAGUCAGCUCCCGGUCGAGUGGGACAACAACAAAGAAUCUCUGCUGGUUUACAUGGAGCAGGUUCACAGAGGGAUCAAAGGUGUUGUCAGGGACAAGAUCAGCAAAAAGGGAAUUGCAGAUGCGAUAAUCAAAGUUGAGGAUCAUGAUCAUGACAUUCGAUCAGCUCCUGACGGUGACUACUGGCGUCUCCUGAACCCCGGUGACUACAGAGUGAUGGUUUGGGCACUGGGCUACUUACCGUCCAUGCGCACCUGCCACGUCGGGAUGGAAGCACAUCCCACUAUCUGUGACUUCACCCUCACCAAAACACCCAUGCAGGUGCUGAAGGACAUCCGAGCCAAAGGAGGGAAGAUCCCUCAGGACCUUCAGCUGCGUCUGCGAGCGCUGAGGCUCCGCAAGCUUCGAGCCAGCACCAAGGCCCUCAACCAGCGCAGGGAGAGUCAGCGGCUGCAGCGGCUGCAGAGGAGGGGAGCCCGGGACGCCCGGGGGGGGUGACGGGGCCUCACAGACGAGCUGGAUAACAAAGUGACGUGAUUCUACUGUGACGGCUAUUAAAGGGUCAGUCCAUCCAAUAUACAAAAACAUGUUUUUUUAUAACAAGGUAAUAAAAGAGAAGUGCUUUGUUUGGAUUUGCUGACCCUUUAAGACAAACGACUAAACAAAGAUAGUGAAGUUAACUGAUUAAAGAACACAUUCCUACAGGCAGGCAUCCUUUAUUAUUAAUGUCACUCAUCUGUUAUUUGUUUCCUUGAGGUUUUAAGUGUCAGCUGGUCUGAUCUGUUUUUUUAUUUGACUGAUGUCCAACAAAAGGACCAUAAACUCAAAUCAAAUGAAA